GUCACACGCGCGCCAGGUUACCUCACACACGGGUUGCUGAAAAAGACAGGACACACAGCAAGAGGACCAACCGACAGAAAAGAAGAAGAAGAGGAAAAACAACAACACAGAGAUGUUUCUCUAAAAGGGCCAACUGAGACAGAGGAACAAGAGUAGAAGUCUGGGAUGUUAUAGUGACCAAAACUUUGUAAUAUGUGCCGCUUUGUGCCGACAAGUACAAGGACAUACCAGGAAAAAAAUCUAACCAGCACUGAAGGCUUCAGUGAGAACGUGGAAGAAACAUAUUUGUUUCUUUUCUUUUUUAUGUACAGCAAAGGCUCUUGUGUCUUUGUAUGACAGUUCUGCAGGUCACACAUCUGUGUAUUGGGGCCUUAAAGGUGAAAAUGUUGAAGGAAAACAUGGCCGUUCAAGCUGAGCUGGAAAAAUAUCUGAUCUAAAAGUAACUUUAAGCUUGAUACCACUUUUUUGGUUCAUAUCUUGACCAACAAUCUGGUAGAGACCGCCUCAGCACCUUGAAGGAACUUAACAUGUCAGCGGAGGUCCAUUUAGAGCGGCAAAAGAGGGAAGACUUGGGAGCCCCAUCUUCAUCAUUCGGGACAGCGUUUGCUCCACGUGUCCCCACGGUAACACUGAUCAGCCACAGAGAGCUGAGGGAGAAGCACGCUGCCCAAAGAUUCCAGCCUGGAUUCCUCGAUCAAAAGCUUCUCUCCAGCAGUCAUUACAGAUGUAUUGAAGGUAGCAGGGUGCUGAAGAGUGGAACAAUGCCAGAUUCACCUGCGGAUGUGAAAACCCAGCCCAGGUCCACCCCACCUACCAUGCCUCCUCCACCCCCGGCUGUGAGCCAAGCAACAAGUCGAAACGCCUCUUUCACACCAACCACCAGUAAAUCAAUGCUGAAUGGGAGCAGCUACUCUCCUACCUCGCUAAACGGUGCUCCUUCGACUCCAAAUGGCUUCAGUAAUGGGCCAGCCAUGUCCUCGACGGCCUCCUUGUCCAACCAACAGCUUCCGCCGGCUUGUGGUGCUCGACAGCUCUGCAAACUAAAGCGCUUCUUGACCACGCUGCAGCAGUUCGGCAACGACAUAUCCCCUGAGAUUGGGGAGCGAGUGCGCAGCCUUGUGUUAGGACUGGUGAACUCCACUCUCACCAUUGAAGAGUUCCACUCCAAACUUCACGAGGCUACUAACUUCCCGCUGAGGCCUUUUGUCAUUCCUUUCCUAAAGGCGAACCUGCCUCUGCUGCAGAGAGAGUUGCUGCACUGUGCCAGGCUGGCCAAACAGACUCCAGCUCAGUAUCUGGCUCAGCACGAGCAGCUACUCCUGGACGCCAACGCCAGCUCUCCCCUUGACUCCUCUGAGAUCAUGCUGGAGAUGAAUGAGCACGGCAAGAGAAGGACUCCUGAUAGGACCAAAGACAGCUCCGACAGAGAUGGCUUGCACCCAGAGCACCUGGCGAAGAGGCCCUGCACCAUCAGCCCCAGCCAACGUUUCAGCCCUAGCACUGGACUCCCAGCUCACCCCCCUCCCAAUGGCCUUCCAACUCACCCGCCCAACGGUCUGCCCCAUCCGUCCAACCCUCAAGUGGGACCCCAGCACUACCGGCUAGAAGACAUGGCCCUGGCGCACCAGUACAGGGACGCCUUCAGACACAGUGAACACCGGGACUCUAGAGACAGGCACCGGCAGACAGCUGUGCAUGGAGCUCGCCAGGAGGAGGUGAUUGAUCACCGUCUUACAGACCGAGAAUGGGCAGAAGAAUGGAAACAUCUUGAUAAUCUUCUCAAUUGCAUCAUGGACAUGGUAGAGAAGACACGGCGCUCCCUGACCGUGCUGCGCCGUUGCCAAGAGGCCGACCGCGAGGAAAUGAAUCACUGGAUCCGCCGCUACAGCGACGUAGAGGAGAUGAAAAAAGGUGGGAGCAACGGACAGCACUGCCUUCCUCCUCCUACUACUCUUCCUCCUCCUACUCCUCACCACAACUCCUCCUCCAACACAGCUAGCAGCAGCGAGUCACUGCCCAUAGGAACUUCCUCGGCUGCUGAAAGGCAGACAGGCAGACAUACAGAGAUCCACAGAGACUUCUUGCACCGGCCUUCCUCAGGAUACUUGCCUGAAGAAAUUUGGAGAAAAGCAGAAGAGGCGGUGAACGAGGUAAAGCGGCAAGCCAUGUCGGAGCUGCAGAAGGCAGUGUCAGACGCAGAGAGGAAAGCUCACGAGAUGAUUUCUGCAGAGCGGUCCAAAAUGGAGAGGGCGCUCGCUGAAGCGAAGAGACAAGCUUCUGAAGACGCGCUAACGGUCAUCAACCAGCAGGAAGACUCCAGCGAGAGCUGCUGGAACUGUGGCAGGAAAGCCAGCGAGACGUGCAGCGGCUGCAACACGGCUCGCUACUGCGGCUCCUUCUGCCAACACAAAGACUGGGAGAAGCACCACCACGUCUGUGGUCAGGGGCUGCCAGGGGGCAGCAGCGUUCCCUUGGGCACCCCUUCCUCCACCUCCUCUGUGUCCUCCACUGCGCCCCCAACCCACUCAGAGAGCUCUCCUCCGGGACCCCUUUCCCUGGUGGGGCAGAGCAGUAUUGCAGGAGUUGCUGGCAGCGGGAGCAUCUCUGCCAGCCCCAAAGAGAGCAGUUCAAGCAGUGCCUCUCGCUCCACGACCCCAGCGACCCCUGCCCUACUGGAUGCCACCUCUCGCUGACGUCCGGGGCUCUCUCCCUGCCUGUGCAUACUGAAAUGACAGUGCCCACACUCCACACAAAACCAAACUGAGGAAUCUGCAUUCUACAUGGCUCCCUUUCCUCCACUUCUUCAUAACCCUCUCCUUGCAAGCUCUGUGAUAACUUCUUCAACAACCAGUAGCUUUUCACAGCGUGCAUAACGUUUAACCUCCCCCACAGACACAAAGACUCCAACCAGAGGUUCAACAUGGUGCAAAACGUGCAUCUUGCCGUGUCUGCUAAAAUAUAAGUUUUGUUUGUCGAGAAUGAAAAAGGGUUGCCCUCAGUAAUGUAGGUAUGGGAAGGUUAGGGGCUUGACUAGGCAGCAUUGAUGAGGGAUAACUAGUACUUGAUAGGAUUUCCCCUUUAAUUUAGCACCAGGGAAGGCACAGGAACCAGCCCUGAAAUGAGCACUAAAAGUGGCACCUCUGGAGUUUGAAAAUGAAGAGACCAGAAGCAUAACCUCAUUCUGAAACCUAGGUGGAAAGGGAUUAAAACUGUAAUGCGAUGUAUUCCUCAGAAACACAACUUAGUAUUUAUUAAAGGUUUUUUCUGGCUUUAAGGAAAACAAAGAUUAUUCCAAAUGUUCUGAAUAAAGAAUAAUAGCGCUGAUGAUGACGAUGAUAUAAAAAUAAAUUAAUUUUUAACUGGUAACUACCUUGCUAGCAAGCCAAGAAUAUCUACACCAGACUCACCUCUCUGCACCAUUACGAACCCAAAUAAAUUCAAAGAUGAAGCAAAUAACAUGAUCCAAACCUUUUUACUACACUGCCAAAGUAAAAAACAAAACAAAAACGUGAUACAUAAAAGCACUCAUCUUAUAACCAAACACAAAACAACAUCACCUCCUGAGCAGAAAAGCCAGCCCUGAGAGGACCAGGCAUCGAGGAGCUGCAUCAACUAAACUGUGACCUGCUUUGAUCGACAGCUGCCUCUACAGUUUGGAUGAACCUACAACAUUUCCUCAGUGAUGGCCCAGACUAGUGAAUAUUGACAAUGCUGUGAACUUGAAAUUGAUGGAAAACCUGCCACAGUGUGGCUAUUUUCUGAGGACAUGAUGAGGGGGGGAAAAAGGAAAAACCUCAAAGGAAGCAGAAAUGGACGCAAGGCAUUGGAGCUGCCAAAAACACAAGCUUGGAGACUGCAUUGAAAAUAAUGGGAAUGUAUAAGGAGAUGGCUCAAAAGUAGAUUGUUGCUCUGUUUUUGUUUUGUUUUGUUUUGUUUUGUUUUUUUAACACAAGCUUACCAGGAGGAGGUACGUUGAGGAAUUGCCAUCACCUUUAUAUUCACUCCAUCCUUUUCCAAAGCAUGACUAAGCAGUUCAGAAGAGCCAACAGGGCGGAAUAAACUUUAUCCUCCUUUCUUUCUACCUCCCCUCAUCCCACAACUCCCUUCCUUGCUCGUAUCCACACUAGUUGAGUCGUAUUUAACCCCCAAAAUACGGGGUUUGCUUUGAACAGACCUCCACAGCACUCACACAGGGAGGGUUGAACCUGCUUGUAGAUAUUCCUCUUCUCUUGUAAUUUUUUCAUAAAUGUCUUCUGAUUGCUGAUGCCACAUGUGCUGCCCUUGUGUAUACUACCCCCUCCCAAAAAAAAGGACUUUGUUUUGGGUUAUUUACCUUUCAUUUUCAUCAAAGUUUAGGUUGAUCAGUCAAAACAGAGGCUAUGAUGCUUGUUUAUGAAAGGAAUUGCCCCACAUUGUACUUAUUGUUUGAAUUGUUGUAUCUAUAUUAAUGAGAUGAAACCCCUCUUGUAGAAUAUUUUGUAUUGCUCGCAUUGUAAGACAGUGAGAGGACGGAGGUGCAAUAUGAAGAGAAUUCAGCUACUGAAUGGAACCUCAGCAACUGCCCAUAGGGUGUCAUAUAAUAUAGAUACAUAUAGAUAUAUUUAAAGCAACAUCAGUAACUUAAUGUGAAUGUACAUAGUAUUUAAAAAGGUCCAAAAAUGUGUUUGCCAAAUAACAAAAACCUUUAAAGUUCAGAACGUGACUUUUUUUUUUUCUCACAGUACAUUUGUUUUUCACUCAUACAAGCUGAAUUUUCAAUUCAAGUGUCAUGAAGCUGUUGACGAUAGAUGUAGCUCCAGGCCACUUAACGUUAUGUGUUUUGAUCUGCCAUUGGUAGAUCAUCCUGAUAUAGUCAGUUGUAAAAGGGUUAAAACAUAUUGGAUCCAUUUAAAAUCUGUCAGAUUAAGGAGUUCUGUCCCUUUGACCAACUUUGGUGACCGUAAUGGUUCUCUGUCUUGGUCCUGAUCAAUCUGUGUAUGUGAUUUCUGAUCGUUCUUUACCUCCCCUGUUAUACAAGACAAGCCAUUACUGUAGGGUAAAGUGAUAAACCAGUGUUAAGCUCACAUCAAAAGUAAUUUUCUGUCUUUUAGACUCGACCAUGUUUUGCAUAAAGAUGUGAUUUAAGAAUAAGCUGUAGGUGUUGAGCAGGCUUUUUGAUUCCAGUAGGGAAAUAAACAGACUGAAUGCCUUUUAUACAGAUUUUUGUUAGCCCUACAUCACUGGCCCUAUUUACACUUUGACCAAACUUGGAAAAAAUAUUUUUGGACUAUUUGGGAUGACUUAAAAUUCAAAUAAGCUACAACAAAAAAAAAGGUCAUGCUUGUUUUUUUUGGUUUGUUUUGGUUUUAUUUAUGUUAUUUUGUUGGGCUUAGUCUUUCCUUUGGAACAUCUUUAUUCUCCCCUAAUGUCUAAUAGUCUCUCAGAUCCAUCACAUGCCCCCCUGUCCCUGCUGAAACGAGCUACCUCCUGUGAGCAUACAGCGAACCACCAGGAGAAGCUGACCUGGUCUUUCAAAAAAUAAAAAAAUAAAAACACAAAAAAACAUAGAUUGCUUCAAAACAGACAUGGG